GGCCCUGGUGCAGAGAGGGCUGGGCUCUUCUGCUUGUUCCUGUGGGAAGGAGAAGCUCCCAGGCCUACUUGCAAGGGGGAUUUUUCCUGCAGGCUGUCUGCCUUUGCCCUUGGCUAAAAGCCCCUGUCUGGAGCCCGGGGGAAGACUCGAUCCCCAGCUCCUGGAGAACAAGGGACUGUUGCUGACUUUAUCUGGUCCCUGUAAAUAUAGAUCUGCAUCCCUCUCAGGUUCCACAUCUUUCUGCUUGGUGGCUGCAUCACAAAAUGGGUUUGAAUCCUGCACCGUGCCCUGGGGAGUGGAUGACCAAGGAACCAGACAACCUUCUCCGUCUCGAGGGGCAGAUGUGCCGGGAGAACGCCCAAAACCAAUGGUUCUGUUCAUUUCCAGGAGACUCUGGGGGCGGCUGAGUUCAGAAGACUACUCAAGGCACUGGGGGGUGUGGGGCUUCUGAGGGUGCAGCAUCCUUCAGCUGGAGUAUUUAAGGCUGCAAGUGAGGAGAGCUGCAGCAGAGAAGCGCUAGUCCAGCAGAGGCAGCCCCGGAGACAUUGACGCUGGAAGACUGAGCUGCAACCAGAAAAGAAAAAUGCUGCCAGCAACUUUCAAACUGUGUGCCGGGAUCUCCUACAGGCAUCUGCGCAACAUGACUGGCUUGAGAAGGCAGGCUGCUGUUGCCAUCAGCCAGGAACUGAAUAAACUCGCCUUUGCUGGCCCUGGUCCCAGUAAAUGGAUCAACCAAGUUCGCAGGAGGAGCUCCUUACUUAGCUCCAGGUUGGAGGAGAAGCCCUUCAGUGAAGUGGAGAUGUCCUACAUUAAACAGGGAGAGGAAGCCCUUCAGAAAUCUCUCAGCAUCCUUGGGGACCAGGAUGGCUGGAAAACUGAGACCAUAGCGGGAAAUGGGGACAAAGUGCUGAGCAAGACGCUCCCAGACAUUGGGAAGGUAUUCCGGCUAGAGGUGGUUGUGGACCAGCCCUUGAACUCUGUGUAUGAUGAGUUGGUGGAAAGAAUGGAGCAGAUGGGAGACUGGAAUCCAAGCAUCAAGGAAAUCAAGAUUCUACAGAAGAUUGGGAAAGAUACCGUGAUAACCCAUGAGACUGCUGCGGCCACGCCUGGCAAUGUGGUGGGACCACGGGACUUCGUCAGCGUGCGGUGUUCUAGAAGACGUGGCUCAACGUGUGUCCUGGCAGGGAUGGCCACAAACUAUGGAGCAAUGCCAGAACAGAAGGGAUUUAUAAGAGCUGAGAACGGUCCCACCUGUAUGGUUCUCCAUCCACUGCCUGAAAAUCCUUCACAGACCAAAUUAACUUGGCUACUCAGCAUUGACCUAAAGGGCUGGCUGCCUAAGACGAUAAUCAACCAAGUACUUUCCCAGACCCAGGUAGACUUUGCCAACCACCUACGCAAGCGCUUGGCUACCACAACCACUCCAAUUGCUGUCAGCUGCUGAAGCAGUUGCUGCUGCACCCUCAAGAACUAUUAACCUUCAGCAGCAUUUGCAUCUUCAGGGACAGCCAGAAGCCUACCUGAUGUUUAGACUUCACCUCAGAGGUGAUUAUCCUGUGUAGUGUGUUAUCUGAGACAUGCUUUGGGGCUUUUUAUGGGUAAGUGAAUGAGUUCAGGUUUCUAAUGCUGCACUGAGUUCGCUGGGCUCCCUUCUUAGCUGAACAUAUCAGACCCGUUUGGUGUAGGCAACGCUUCAAAAUCCCCCAGAAGGUAUGUUUGACUGAAAAGGCUACUGCUCUGUGUGAUUACACGUAGUAGGAUUCAGUGUU